UACUGGAAUGACUCCAUAUGAUAUUGCUUGUACUUUACAGCUAUUAAGUAUGAUAGAGAAGAAUGAUGAGGGAAAAUUUACGGUAUGUGUUAAUAAAAUGUUAUUGAAACAACAAAUGUUAAAAAUGUCUAUGAGUCAUACAAAGCGCAUUUUUUUGGAUUCAUCCUAUCUUUCUUGGACUCCAAAUUUCAAUGAAAAAGCACAAAAUGCAUCAGCUAUGGAAGAAAAAGCAGAUGAAGUCAUCAUUAAUCAAAUGUUAUCUGAAAACAAAGAUCCUAAGCAACAAGAAUCUCCAGCAGAAUUAAAAGAGGAUAGUCGCCUAACCAUUUCAUCAAGCGUUAACUUGGAAGCUUCAGAUCAGUAUGAUGUAAAAUCACAGAAAUGCACUGAAAAUUACUUGAAACGUAAAAGAAAACACAAAGAAAGAUUUGCAGGCAGUAAAUGUAGUAAAACAGAAUUGGCUCAGGAAGAUAUCGUAAAUGAUAAAAGAAAGAGACAGAACAGUAUUGGAAUUUCUGAUGCAUCUGCAGUUCAAGAGGAAAACAAGCCAAAAAAUAAUAUUAAGAAUAAGAUUAGUACAAAGAGAAUGAAAGUGAAAACUCUAGACAAAAAACAAGUAAAGGAAAAUGAUGAAAAACCAGCAUCUGAAGUGGAAACUAUAGAAGAUGCAAAUAAUUUGUCUGAAGUUAUAAAUAUGACGGAGAACAAUGUUGCAACAAAUCUAGAUGAAAAGUCUGAUAAAUGUACUAAACCUGUUGCAAAAGUAAAAAGAAAAAUUAAGAAAGCUACAAGAAAGAAAACUAAAAAAGAGAAAAUUGAAACAGAGGUUGUAACUAUAAACAAGGAUAAUAUACAAGAAUCAUCAGAAACAAUUACUUCAUUGGGAGACAUAGAAGGAGGAUCUACCCCACCUGUUUUACUUCCAAUAGCCACAAUGGAUAAUGACACUGCUCUAUUAGAUAACCCACCUUCUCCCGAUGAUGUUGAUUCUUCUCCUCCAGUAUUACAGGCAUUAGUAUCUGUUGAACCCUCAAAUGUUGCGACAAAGAAAACCAAAAAGAAGAGCUGGCAGAAAGGUUUACGAAGGAGCAGAAGAAAGAAAUUAAUUAAGAAACCAGUAGUAGUACGAGAAAAUAUAAUCACGCAGGAAGAACAAAUACCAUCAGAAGAACCAUUACCAGAAUCAACAGAAUCUACAGUUUCUGCAGAAACUAUUUCCUGUGAUGUUAGUGCUUUGGUAGAAAAUGAACCAGUAAGUAAUGAAACUGAAAUACAGAAAGAAGAGCUUUCUUUAGAAACAUUAAAUAGUCCUUGUAAAGAAAAUGAGCCAAGCUCAGAAAUUGAAAACAGCAAUAUUAAUGAAAAUGAAAGUUCAAUGGUAACAGAUAUUCCUAAUGAACAUAUGAAUACAGAUGAUAUUUCACAUUCUAAUCAAGUCAGUCCACUUGAUGUACACAAAACACCUGAAGAAUAUUCAGAUCACAACAUGAAUAUUGUUACUUCAGUCAGUGAAUCAGUCAAUAAUGAUCAAGAUUUAGAACAGACAAGCUUGAAUAAUUUUGAAAACAAAAAUGACCUUAUUUCUCUUAAUUCAGUUAAUCAAGAAUCAUUUUCACCUACUGAACUAAAUGACAAAGUGAAAAGUUCAAAGGAAGAUAGUCCAAAACAGAAUGAAAUUUUACAAUCUCACGAAUCAAGUAUAAUUAAUGAACAUUUUGAAAUACCUUCUGUGCAGAUGCCACCUACACCAGUAACUCCGCAGACUCCAUGUUCAAAUCCUCCCCAAAGUAUUCAAAGCAUGCAGCAGCAAGACCAAUGUAAAAUGAAUUCUUUAGGAAAUGAAAGCAUCUUGGAUCAUAAUGAUCCAUUAAUGUCAUCAGUUGCUGAUUCUGUACCAGAAGAUUCUACAAUUGUGAUUCAGGAUACUAUGGAUUCUAAUUAUCAGGAAGGACUUCCUGAAUUAAAUCAAAAUGCAGAAACUGUAGAUGAGACAACUAUAGAUCAUGAGCUGAUAUCAACAAGAAAUAUAACUCAUAGAACGGACAGUCUCACAGAUGAAAAUCAAAUUCCACAACCUCCUGUUUCAUCUCCUUGUACACCUGGUACUGUGAUAUCUAAACAUACACCGACUCCCCAAGAAAUGGCUAAUAUGGGCGUGUAUACACCUGAUUCUUCUACAAACAGCGUAAUCUCAAAUGGAGGAUUUAAUUCUGUGGAAAUUGAUGCCGCACAGCUAGGAUUGGAAUCUCCAACUUCUAUUAGUAGCAAUGAAAUGGCUCAAAAUUCUGUUGAACCUUUACAGCAUGCACCAACUCCACAACCAUAUAUGGACUGUGCACAAAUACAAAAUAAUACACAAAGUAAUAACUUUUGUAAUAAUAUUUCAUCUAGUUCUACUCCACAGCAACCCAUUGUGAUGACAGCUGCAGUGGUAGCGGCACAAGCCGCUGUCGCACAGGCUCAUGCUCAGGCUCGAACUCCAAGUGCUCCAAUUAUAGGAGGCUGUGCUAGUAGUACGAUUCAUAAACAGCACACAAUUACAGCAUCUGUUCUUUCUCAAGGUCGUAUUCCUGUAACAGCUUCCAGUAUAGUUCAGUCAAGCAUGGUUCAGUCAAGUAUGGUUAGUGUUAAUGCCACAGCUGUUAAUGCUUUGUUUGUUGGGCCAGGUUCAACAGUUGGUUCCACAGGAAAUUACAUGAACAUGGCUGUACAAUGUAACAACCCUCCAGCACCUGCUACUCCUAUGGCUCCGGCAUCAUAUAUGGUUGGUGUACCUGUGGCAACAAUGAUUCAGUCGCAACCGGCAGGUCCAACGUUUGCGGCUACCCAAGUUCACGAUCAUCAUCAUCAUCAUCAUCAUCAGCAGUUACAACAGACUCCACAGCAUUUGGCAAUGGCAAGUCAUUCUGCUGCUUCAAUGACAGGUGCCAUGCAAAGACUAACUCACAUAGUUAAUUUGCCAGGUUCUGCCGGAUCGUCAUGUCCCGUUACUUCCAGUGUACCGACAACUUUCCACAUACAAUCACCUAGUUACACUUACACUCCCACUCCUACUCCUACUCCAAACCCUCCAUCUUCACAAGUCAGUACAAGUUGUAGUUUAGCAAAAUUACAACAACUAACUAAUGGAAUAAUGGAUAUCGUGCCUACUUCUGUCACGUGCAAUACCAUGACACCACCACCAAACCUCACUCCACCUUCUCCACAAAUUAACAUCACUCCUCCACCACAGAUUCCUCGUGCCAUUGCACCAGCCCUCGCCCAUUUACAGCCACAAGUAUCUCUAUCUUCCAAUCAUCCUCAUAAUUACAAUAAAUAUAGCCAUCGAUAUUCUAGGCAGGUUCAGCGUAAUCCAAAUGUUGCUCUCAAUCCAAAUUUGGUAGCUGCAGCCAGCUAUCAGACAUUAAAUGGGAUGGGAUACAGAGUACAACAGGCUGCUCCUCCUGGAGCAGCUAUGUUAAAUACAGCUGGAUACAUCACAAACACCGGCUUUAUCAACCAAGCCCAAUUACCUGCCGCAGCUGUACAGAUGGGAAUGGUUAACGUAAACAUGCAUCCUCAGGCUCAGUAUCAGGAAACUGUCCGGCCACAGAAUGCAAUGUAUACAACAUACAGUUAUCAUAUAAACAGCGGUCUCACACCACAAGCUUUAAAUUCCGUAAUGAGGCGGUAACAUCCUUGGGAGUCAAGUCAUUAGUUUUGGGCCUAGAGGACCAAGAAAGAAUUGUAUUCUAUAUAUACAUAUACAUAUACAUAUAUAUAUAUACAUAUACAGAUAUAGAGAUUAUUAUAUAUAUAUAUAUAAUGUCAGAUUCCGAUUUGGCCUUAAAAUGAGUAAAUUUAUAAAUUAACAUUACUUGUCGGCACUUCCCAAUUCUGAAAGAAACGGGAUGACAUACCGGCAGAGGCACAAAUUUUCACAAUUUCAAAAAAGUAAAAACUAACAUACACAAAAAAAAAAAAAAAAAGUCUGAAGAAAAUGCUGUGAAAAUUUCUUGGGCCCUUUGAUACUUCAAACACGAAGAGAAUAUGGGUGCUGGACACAACUGUGAAAAGACUAUAUUGCCAAAACUUGUAUAUUGGUAGCAGCUAUGAUUUACUACUUCAUGUUGUAUCUUUUUGUCCAUGAGUCCCAUUGUAAAUAUCAAUUAUGUGAAGUCAGAGUGCUAAUUUGAGCUUUGCUCCAAAAAAAAUUUAUGUAAGUAUGCCAUUGUAAAUAAGCUGUAGAUGUUGCUUUGCCCACAGUCUUUGCAUUAGUAUGUGUGUGAUGGGUUGUUGCUUGCCAGCCAUGUACAUAUUUUGCUAUGCAGUGUAAAUGAAUGAUUUAUUGGAACGAAAGGCAUCAACUAAUAAAUAUUUGGCACUCUCUAA